AUGUUGUUUCGAUCGAAAUGCAACACUUCAAACUCUCAUGAAAAAUCUGUCAUUCUUCAUCUCGUAGAUUUUCUUCCAAACCUCAAUUUCCAAAAUUGUGAACUAGCUCAAAAGAAUUCCUCCACACAUUCCGAGCAUAACCAUAUUUCAUUAUCAAAUUUAACAAAAUUAUUUGAAAAAUUACAAAAUCAAUGGACAGAAUUUUCUCAUUUUGCUCACAAGAAGAGUUUUUCAAAAAAAUUUAGUCAUUUAGAAAGUAUUUAUGUUUCACAAGGAGGAACGAUCGAUGUAACCAUUUCGUACACUCUUCAAAGUAUUUUGUUGAGUACUAGUAAUGGAUGUAUUCAUUUCUUUGAAUUGAAAAAGUCUUCUUUAGAGAAUGGAAUUUCGAUCAUUACUAAAAAUGGAAAAACUCGAAUGAAUUGUUGUAGAAAGUUACUGGGCUCUGUUCGAUUUAAUGUUCGAUAUAGUCCAACCUUUGUGUGCGUGGAGGAAUGCUUAGAUGAGUAUUUGAUAAAUUCAAAUGCCUUGUCCAAUUCCAACGUGCCACAUGUCAUUGUCAGUUGUGAAAGCUGUCGUGUUGUGAAAUUCAAUUUAAUAGAACUACUCAAACAAGCCAAAGAGAAUCAUAUGAAAUCACUCGAGACGAGUACAGACCUUUCACAUCACAACAUUCCCAUCUCUAAUAUUGCACCCGUAUGGUCCUGUGAAAAAUUUUCAUUACCUGCAGGACUUUGUUUAUGGAAAGAUAAUUCCAAUAGUACAGAACAUUGGUUCAGUCAUGAAAUUGGCAACGAUGAAUCAAAUGCACAAAAUAUUCUCAACUCCAAGACCUUUGUCGUAGUAACAGAUUAUUCGAAAAAACAAAUUUUAUUCCUCAAUUCCAAAACUGGACAAGUUAUGAACAUUUUUGAUAAUUUUGCAUGUUUGAUUCGACCAUAUGAUGUUGAAUGUAUUGGAGAGAAUGAAAUCAUGUUUAUUGACCAACGUUCAUCCAAUUACUCUCAAAUAUUUGUGAUGAAAUUUCAACAACAACCAUCCAAUGACUCUCAAUUAUUUAGAAAGAAAAUGCCAAUGUCCAACGAGAAGGAAUGGAUGAAAGCUGGAGAGGGAAAAGCAACGACAAAGACAUCUCCCAAAGCUCUUGUCUAUGACAAAAUUUCUCAAACCAUUAUUAUGAGUGAUCUGUCCAAUGAUUCAAUCAAGAUUUUAACCAAAGAUGGAAAUUGUGUAUUGACAUCUUUUGGAACCACAGGAGAUGCCACUUCCAAUUCUCAUUUUACUGUACCUCAAGGACUGUUUUUGGACCAAUUCACUGGAGAAUUAUUUGUAUGUGAUUAUCACAAUCAACGAGUUCAGAUAUUCCAAUGA